GUAAAAGACUAGAGUAAAAACUUCUGGUUGGUUGCUUGUUGUCUGACCAUUCAAGACCCAAAAACCCUAGUUCCUGUACAUUCCCUUAUUAUAGCCAUGUCUGGGAAAGAUAUAUUUUCCAAGCACUUACCUAACAUCAAUCUGGCCACACGAUUCGAUGCUGAAGGACGUGAAAUUCAGGUGGAAAGACGGGAAGAUGAGGAGCAAAAUUUGAAGCAGCAGGAGAUUUUUGACAUACUUGUGGCUGCUGGUUACUUCCGGGCAAGGAUUAAGGGCCUGUCAGCAUUCGAUAAGAUCGUGGGAGGGAUGGUUUGGUGCAUGGAAGCCUGUGACUUUGACGUGGAUGUCGAUCUUCUUUUCAGCGAGAACCUCACCAUUGGCCAGAAGAUCGCUCUCACUGAAAAAAUCGUGGCAGUGCUGCCAAAAAUGUCUUGUCCUCAUUUAAUUGAGCCACAUCAGAUUCAGGGCUUGGACUUUAUCAAUAUCUUCCCGGUGAUACAGUGGCUGGUGAAGAGAUCCGUGGAAAAUCGCGCUGAGAGGGCUGAAAAACUCAAGUCCUUUGCCGUUGGGCAGUUUCACAAUCACUUUAAGCUCCAAGUGGACAAAGUUGCCAAAGAGAAGAAUACCAAGGUGCUGGAAAAUAUUGAAAAAAUCCAGAAUCUCUAUGCUCCUCGGCGGGAAUUCAAGAAGAAAUCUUCUGCCGGAAGCUCAGAGGAUGAACUGACAAGAGUGAGGAUCACUUUGCUGGAAUUUGGGGACAAGGGACGCCUCCUGGCCACAAACAGGCAGAAAAGCACCGAGAAGAGUCUCAGUACUGAAGAAAUGGAGGAGAAGGCAUCGGAAGUCGAUGAGAGCGAUGUUGAGCAUUUAUUUUCUCAUUUAUCUGUGCAAGACAUUCAGGAUGAUUAUUUGGAGUUUUCUCAACUCAGCGAAGCCGACAGGGAAAAAAUCAAGCAAAAUUACGAGGAGCUCAAGUCUGAAUUCUCAAUUGAUAGCCAAGAACUUUCGCAACAGAAUCAAAUCAAAGCACUUUUGGUCACAAAACAGAGCCUGGAAAGGAAAUUGGCGAAAAUUGAAGGAGGAAAUAGCGAACUCAGUGAUGCCCUGAAGCAGCUCAAGGAGCAAAUUAAUACUUUGGUUCAGGAAGAAGAGGAAACCAGUGCAGAAAUUGCGGAUUUAAUCCGACGAGAGGAGGAAUCUGAUACUAGUGUUUUGGAGACUGUCAAAGAAUUAGUGCUGCAAAAUGAUGCCCUUAAGCAGGAAGAAGUGGAGUUUAAAGAGAAAUGUAGAAAGGAAUUGGUUGAAUUGCAGCAAAAAAUCAGUGAUCAAGAAAACAAAUCACCAGAUAAAGAAGAAACAGCAAUUAGAAGUGAGCUUGAGGCUGAAAAACAGAGAUUACAGGCUUUGAGAUUGCAACUGGCUAAGCAGAAUCGAGCUAUUGUAACUCUGCAAAGGCAACUAGAUGCGAUUCCAGAUAGGACUGAGCUGGCUCAGUAUCAGAGACGAUUCCUAGAACUCUACAAUCAGGUCAGUGCUAAGCAUCGGGAGACGAAGCAUUUCUACACGCUCUACAACACCCUGGGAGAUACCAAGAUGUAUUUGACAAAGGAACUGGAGCUCCUGAAUUCCAUUUAUGAGAACUACAGUGCAACGCAGAAUUCAUCAACUUCUAGAGCCCAGUUUCUCAAGCAAUUUGAAUCAUUGGCUGAAGGAAUUCGUCAGAUGAAAAUUAAGAUCAAGAACAAGUGUGAUGAUGAGAAGGUCAAAAGAGAUGGUUACAAUGAACAACUCUUAAUUCUUAUUGAUCAGCAGAGAAAAUUAGCCAAUGCUGUAAAACAAUUGCAGCUUGAAUGUAAGAAGAAUGACGAUUUACAAGAGAAAUUAAAUAGUUUAUCAUAAAACACAGAAA